UGCGCUCGGCUGGAGAAGAAGGGAAGCGGUACUAAGACGGGUCGGAAUCGACCUCCUCGGCGACGAAACCCCUCGAAAAGACACUUCAGCGAUGGCGGAGGCCCACCAGGCGGUGGCGUUCCAGUUCACCAUCACGCCGGAGGGGAUUGACCUGCGGCUGUCCUACCAGGCCCUGAACCAGAUCUACCAGUCCGGAGUGAGAUCCUGGAAGAAAAGAUUCAGCCGCCUGAGGAACGGGGUGAUCAAGGGAGUGUACCCGGCCAGCCCGUCCUCCUGGCUCUUUGUCGUCAUAGCGAUCCUGGCCACCAUGUACAUGCGCUCGGAUCCCAGCAUGGGGCUCAUCAAGAUGAUCCAGCAACACCUGCCACUCAGCCUCCACAUGUCGCUCAGCGCCCAGGGGCAGACCAUGCUGUCGGCGCUGGUCUUCAGCACCCUGCUGUGGCUCUCCCUCAUCCUGGCGCUCCGCUUCUGCCUCAAGCUGCUGCUCUCCUACCACCAGUGGAUGUUCGAGCAGCACGGCCGCGUGUCCAACACCACCAAAGUCUGGGUGACUCUGCUCAGGUUGCUCUCGAGCAGGAAGCCGCUGCUCUACAGCUAUCAGACCUCGCUGCCCCAUCUGCCGGUUCCUCCCAUCAAAGACACAGUGAGCCGGUAUCUGAAGUCGGCGCGCCCUCUGUUGACCGAUCCUGAGUUCAAACGCAUGACUGAACUGGCCGAGCGGUUUGAGUCCACCCUGGGGAACCGGCUGCAGCGCUACCUGAAGCUCAAAGCGCUCUGGGCCACCAACUACGUGAGCGACUGGUGGGAGGAAUACAUCUACCUGAGGGGCCGCGGCCCCAUAAUGGUCAACAGCAACUACUACGGCAUGGACUUCCUGUAUGUGACCCCGACCCCGAUCCAGGCGGCCAGGGCGGGCAACACCAUCACCGCCCUGCUGCUGUACCGCCGCAAGGUCAACCGGGAGGAACUCAAACCGAGUCGUGUUCCAGGAACGGUCAUCCCCCUGUGUGCCGCCCAGUGCGAGAGGAUGUUCAACACCACGCGCACACCGGGAGUCGAGACUGACGUGCUCCAGCACUGGCAGGACAGCGAGUUUGUGGCGGUGUACCACAAGGGCCGUUUCUUCCGCCUGUGGGUGUACACGGCGGGCCGGCUGCUGUCGCCCAGGGAGCUCGAGCACCAGAUCCAGAGGAUCCUGGACGACCCGUCCGCCCCGCAGCCCGGAGAGGAGAAGCUGGGAGCGCUCACUGCCGGAGAAAGGGUUCCUUGGUUCCACACAAGGGAGCAACACUUCAGCUCCGGCAUCAAUAAGCGAUCGCUGGAUUGCAUCGAGAAGGCGGCCUUCUUCGUGACGUUGGACGAUGAAGAGCAGGGCAUGCGCGGCGAGGACCCGGUCGGGAACCUGGACCGCUACGCCAAGUCCCUGCUGCACGGGAAGUGUUACGACCGGUGGUUCGAUAAGUCCUUCUCCAUCAUCAUCUACAAGAACGGGAAGAGCGGCCUGAACGCUGAGCACUCCUGGGCGGAUGCACCGACGGUGGCUCACCUUUGGGAGUACACCCUGGCCACAGAUGCCUUCCAGCUGGGCUACACCGAGGACGGCCACUGCAAAGGCGACGUGGACCGCUCGCUGCCUUCCCCCCAGAGGCUGGCCUGGGAAAUCCCCUCAGAGGUUCAGGCUCAGGCAUGCAGCUCCCUCGCCGUCGCCCAGGCGCUGGCGGACGACGUGGACUGCCACGUGUUUCCCUUCCAGGAGUUCGGAAAGGGACGCAUCAAGAAGCUGCGCGUCAGCCCCGACGCGUUCAUCCAGAUCGGCCUGCAGCUGGCGUACUUCAGGGACCGCGGGGGUUUCUGUCUGACCUACGAGGCGUCGAUGACGCGUCUCUUCCGGGAGGGCCGGACGGAGACGGUGCGGUCCUGCUCCAACGAGACCUGCGCCUUCGUCAGAGCGCUGGAGAGCGGAGAGGCAGACGACCAAUGCCGGCGUCUCUUCAAGCUGGCCUCCGAGAGGCACCAGAACCUGUACCGACUGGCCAUGACCGGGGGCGGGAUCGACCGGCAUCUCUUCUGCCUGUACGUGGUGUCCAAAUACCUGGGAGUGGAGUCGCCCUUCCUCAAGGAGGUGCUGUCGGAGCCGUGGCGUCUCUCCACCAGCCAGACGCCCGUGCAGCAGAUGGAGCUGUUCGACCUGAAGAACCACCCCGACUUCAUCUCGCUGGGCGGCGGCUUCGGACCCGUUGCUGACGAUGGUUACGGCGUGUCGUACAUCAUCGUGGGCGAGGACAUGAUCAACUUCCACGUGUCGUCCAAACAUUCCUGCAGCGAGACCGACUCCCACCGGUUUGGAACUCAGAUAUGCAAAGCUCUCCAAGACAUCCUGACCCUCCUCGCCGCCGACGCCAAAACCUCCUCCUCCUCCUCCCAGUCCAAGAAGCUCCUCUGAGCGGGCUGACGUCCCCUCAGCCGAGUGAAGGAGCCACUAAGAACUCCUGGUGUAGAUUCUGUAUGUCGCCGACAGCUUCGACCCGACUGACUCUAGCUGGCGCUGCCGGAGCCCUCGGCCCGGUUGCUCGUGGGCUCGGGCAGGAGAGGGAGAAGACGCAAGGAGCCGGUUCAUGUCGGGGGGGGGGGGGAUCUGUCUCAACCGGCUCACGGCGUGAUGACUCACAUUCCUCUGACUCCUUUCUGCCUGAACGUGCUCCAACAAAGACGAUUUAUUUUAGUUAUUUGGCAUUAAAACUUUAACAAUACGGACAUUUAGAAAAAAUCUGAAUGAGUCGGAGGGAUUCAAGGUUCUUCAGGUCCCUGAUCUCACUCUCUCUCUCUCUCUCUCUCUCUCUCUCUCUCUCUUUCUCUCUUUCUGUAUCUCUGUCUCUCUCUCUCUCUCUCUUUCUUUCUCUCUCUGGGAAUAUGAAACCAGUGAUGGUUUGAGUUUUUAUUUUAUUUUAUGGAAGUAGGUAGCAAAGCUCUUAAAGAGGAAGGGAGUUGUUGGGACCACACUAAGAAGCAGAAGACGAAUGACGGUAAAGAAAACAGUCGUUGCGUCAGUGGUUAGCGCUGUCGCCUCACAGCAAGAAGGCCCUGGGUUCACAUCCCGGCCGUCCCGGUCCUUUCUGUGUGGAGUUUGCAUGUUCUCCUCGUGCCUGCGUGGGUUUCCUCCGGGUCCUCCGGUUUCCCCCACCAUCAUAAAGACAUGCACCGCAGCCUCACCCCGGUUCGUAUGGAUGUGAAUGAAUGUUGGUGGUGGGGGAGGGGCCGUAGGCGCUGAUUGGCUGCCACGCUUCCAUCAGUCUGCCCCAGGGCAGCUGUGGCUACUGAUGUAGCUUACCACCACCGGUAUGACUGUGUGUGUGUGACUACUGGACUCUGUAAAGCGACUUCGGGUGUCUAGAGAAGCGCUAUAUAAAAUAAAUUAUUAUUAUUAUUAUUAUUAUUAUUAUUAUUAUUUGAUGCCCCAUAGAUAAUAAAUAUAAAUUAAAUUGACUGAUUAACUAGAUUAAUACUGACGAGCUUCAGUAUCGCAUGACAGAUUUGACAGAUCAGAUGAUACAUUAUUAGUCUUGGAAGGACUAUAGGAGGAAGGAAUAUAGGAGGAAGGAAUAUAGGAGGAUGGACUAUAGGAGGAAGGACUAUAGGAGGAAGGAAUAUAGGAGGAAGGACUAUAGGAGGAAGGAAUAUAGCAGGAUGGACUAUAGGAGGAAGGAAGGGAAAUAAGUAAAGAAGUAAAUACAAGUUACUUUUUUUAUUAUCGUUUUGUGUUUUUUUUCCGUAACGUUUUUUUCUAUUAGUUCUAGUUAUUAGUUUAGUUCUCUUUGAUUUAUUAAGGCACAGAUUUGAUGACAUGAUUUUAUGUUGAAUGAUAUGAACAUGCUUUCAGCUGCUGCUGCGAGGGAGAUCGACUUGUUUCAUGAGUUACCAGUGAGGAGAUCAUCUACCGUCACUCUCUGAUACUCACACACACACACCAACACCGCCUCGACCCUUUUUAAAGCUUGUGUGCCCGAAAUCAAGUAUUCAGUCAGUAAAACAAUUUCAAUGCAAUUUCUCUUUUAAAACAUAUUUUCAAUAAAUGUCCAACAUGUGUAACACCUGUCGCAUGUGUGUGUGUGUGUGUGUGUGUCUGUGUCUGUGUGUGUCUUCAGGCAGGCGCUUUGUCUUUGUUGGGUACCGAUGUGUCUCAUGUGCACUGACUCAUAUACAGGACUGUCUCAGAAAAUUAGAAUAUUGUGAUAAAGUUCUUUAUUUUCUGUAAUGCAAUUAAAAAAACAAAAAUGUCA